CCUAGAAGGUGGGGGGCGAGGUUCUAGCCGUGAGAUCAAGGAGCAGGGCAGGGCAGGACCGGCUAGAAAAAGACUGUGGCCUACUGACUGUGACUCGCUCUAAUAGGCACCAGUGUAUUGGUGUAUACGUCUAAGACUUUUGCUCAGCUGAGAGGCGAGGCAGCAUUUUGACGGAGUGAGGGCGAGGCGGAGUAAAAAUGCCCGUCAAGAAACAAGACGUCCAUCGUGCCCUCCAGCUACUGGAGGAGUACAGGAGAAACCUGACUGACGCGGACUCCGAGGAACUGCGGGAGGCGCUCACUAAGGCCAUAGUGGCCAUCAGGUCUCGCCUCUUUCAGGCCCUACUGGACAUUCACGACUUCUACUCCUACACUCUGGAGAGCAACGCCAAGACCACGGAGACUAAAACGGAGGAGACCCUCCAUUUGGCCGAGAAAUGGGAGAACCAUCCUCCGCCAGUCCCCGCUGAGACUGCACAGCUUGCUGCCAAAAGCCUCGAUGCCAGAGUAAACAGUAACACAGCCUCAAAUGUCCAGAUUGAGACACUCCACAUCCAUCUACAGAGGGGUCCCACUGGAGGCCUGGGAGUGAGUGUGGCUGGUGGUAGAGACAACCCUCACGUGGUGGACAGCUCUGGGAUCUUUGUCACAAAACUCAUCCCCGACACCCCAGCCAGUGAUGAUGGCCGUCUCAGGCUGGGAGACCAGAUCCUAUCAGUCAACGGUACGAACCUGGAGUACAUCACACACACUGAUGCUGUACAGACACUCAAGAACUCUGGAAAAGAUGUUGAACUGGUUGUUCAACGCAGGACAGAAGUUUCUGGAACUCCCAGUAUAGAGAAUGGAGAGAGAGUGGUUCUAGAUAUCACUCUGGUGAAGAACGACAGAGGUCUCGGGUUUAGCAUCGCCGGUGGCCGUGGCAAUGCCCACGUUGUCGGGGACGACGGGAUAUUUGUCACCAAGAUAAUCCCGGGGGGCGUGGCCGAGAUGCAGGGGGACCUUGCUACAGGGGACCGCAUAUUAGAGGUGUGUGGCCAGAAGAUGGAUGGUUUGAGUCACGAGGAAUCAGUCGGUGUUCUGAAGGCCACUCCUCAGACCGUGGAACUGAAGGUGGAGAAAGGAGCUCUCGUUAAAGCCAGCCACAGUCCUCAGGAGAGUGAAGCCGAUCUGCAGCCUCAGCCAGAGCGUGCCGUAAGCCUGUUCCGGAGCAACGGAGAGGGCCUGGGAUUCAACAUCAUCGGAGGUGAGGGAGAUGCCGGGAUCUUUAUCUCCUACAUCUCUCCCGGUGGAGUGGCCGACAGGUCCGGUGGCCUGAGAGCUGGAGACCACAUACUCAAGGUGAAUGAAGAGAGCAUCGGCGAUGCCAACCAUGACGAGGCAGCCGAGGCCUUCAAACAGGCAGGGAACCACGUCCAGUUACUGGUUCGCUACAGCCCGGUCGAGUUCAACCGCUUCCAGGAGAGGCUAAAGCAGCUGAAUGAGGUGGAAGAUCAAGGAUCUCCUUCGAAACCCUCCAUCCAGCCUGAGCCUGAACCUGAGCCUGUCAGACAACUCUAUGUCAGAGCUCUGUUUGACUACGAUGCUGACAAGGAUGACGACCGUCCGUCGCAGGGUCUGUCUUUCAGCCACGGGGACAUUCUCCAUCUCCUCAACACCGGAGACGACGAGUGGUGGCAGGCAGCUCUCGUUGGGAACCAUGCCGAAGAUGGACCUCAGGGACUCAUCCCUAGCAAGAGCAGGAUUGAGCGCCGUACUCUGACCGGUCCGAGGAAUGUUCAGUUCACCAGCAGAAACGAGCAGCCCCACGAACUCGAACAUAGGGCCAGGGCGUCGUCAGAGAAGGAGGCACGACGCGGACUCCGCAGCAGUUUCAAGCUCUCUCGCAAACUCCCCUUCAUCAAGAAGGCCGACAACUCUUCUGGGAACGAGGAAGAGGGCAGAGAUGGGGAAUUCGUGGCGACCUAUGAGCCGGUGACCCUUGAACCUCGAGGCUAUGCUCGUCCAGUCAUCAUCCUUGGUGCCCUGAAAGAGGACGUCAACGACAUGCUCGUACAUGAGUUCCCUGACAAAUUUGCCGGUUGCGUUCCUCACACGACUCGAACUCCGAGAGAAGGAGAGGCGGAUGCUAGAGACUACCACUUUGUGUCCAGCGUGGAGCAGAUGGAGAAAGACAUUCAGGCCCAUCUCUUUAUCGAGGCCGGCCGCUACAAGGACAACCUCUAUGGCACAUCCAUCCGUGCCGUGCAGGAGGUGGCUCAGCAGGGGAAGCACUGUAUCCUGGGAGUGAGUGGCUAUGCCAUCCGCAGGCUCCAGAUGGCUGAUCUCCACCCCAUUGCCAUAUGCAUCCGACCCUCCAGUGUCGACGUCAUACAAGAUGUACAGCCCAAAACUUCAGGAGAGCAGUGUCAGGGCAUCUACGAGAAAGGCAAGAGAAUCGAACAAGAGUUUGCUGAAUUCUUCACUGCUGUGGUGGAGGGUGACUCACUGGAUGAUAUCUAUGGCAAGGUGAAGGCUGUGAUCCACGAGCAGUCAGGAAACUACAUCUGGGUCCCCUCUACUGACACCCUCUAAUUAGAGCCCACCAUAGACCCGGAUUAAUUAUUGUAUAUAUGGACGACGCUACACGAACUCACGUGCUAUUAUGUUCUUACACACACACACAAGAGUGCAGACAUAAAACUGCUAGAUAUGAGAUAGAGAGAAUGAACUUUGACUAGUCACCCAGUGCACCCUUCCAGUACUGCUGUGACAACACAAAAGAGUUUAUUAUUGUUAUUGUGUUGUGUAUUGUAUCCUGUUGUUGUACACGUGUCUUGUGAAAUCUGUUUUUUGAUGAUGGCUUUGUUUGUUUAGCGCCUGCC